UCCUUCUCCGUGUCUCCCUGUUUGAUUGAUUUGGCGCUUGGUUCUGCCCUCAAUUCCUGUGGCCUAGUGCGCGUCCUGACUCGGUGCUGGAUUGUGGCGGUGGGGCCGGGACCAGAGCGGCUUAGACUUUUCAAAAAAAACCCAAAAAUGCUUCUGCAAUAUGAUGUAGACAGUCUGUGUCUGAAGAAACAGAACAGCAGAAAUUUGGUUUCCCUUGCAGCUUCAGAUGGCUUUGAGUGAGCAGUGCUGUGUUCAUCUAUGUCAGACCCUGCAACUGUCAUGCAAUGAUGACUAACAGAAUGGAAAGUGGCUGUUCCAAGUCCAGAAUGUCUUUGAAGAAAGAGGUGCUGAGCAGCCAACACCAAUUUUCAAUGAAGACUCUGUUACAGAGCACGCGGCAACUGUGUAAUGUUACGCUAGGCCAGCAAUGGAAGGAAAAUGACAACCUUACUGAGGUCACUUUCUUGGGGUUUUCCAGUUCAACUGAAGAUGAAGAUUUGGUUGAUAAACAGGCCCUUGCUGCUAUUCAUCUGGAGCUAUCUGGUUUGCUGAAUUCAUUCCAGCUCCAGAAGCUAAAGAGUACUGAAAUCGCUCUCUUGAAAGGUUUGAAGAAACACUCCAGGACACAAGAGAACACUGUUAACCAGCAUUCCCUGUCUGAAAUAGUCUGUGUAAUGAGGCACCCACCAGCAUCUCUGAAGUUCACUGACAGCUCGAUAUUCUCUGCACUCAGCAAAUACACCAGAGCAAUUCAGUUUUCUCUAGAUGGCAGCUCAGCACUGAGCCAUCCCACAGAAGAAGAUGACACCAAUCAGUCUGUCUCAUCCAUUGAGGAUGAUUUUGUGACUGCUUUUGAGCACUUGGAAGAGGAGGAAGCUGGAACUACACGUGGGACAGCAGGCUUUGAUCCCAAACACCAGGAUGCAGCUCUACAAACCUUCGCAGUAGAAUUUGCUGAGACAACAAUUCCUAGUGACUGUUUGCAAAUUCAGGUCUUUGACCAGUCAUCACCACUGCUACUUCAGAAUUCACUGCGCCCAAGGCAAUGGUCAUCUGCUAAAAGCUCAGUUAUAACCUUAAGCUCAGAUCCUGGGAAGCAAAGAAGUUAUUACAGACCGUGCAAUGCUCCUGUCCUAGCAUCAAGUAAUGGGCAUACAUCUGCGCCUUCGGUUUCUCCCUCAGAAUCCGAUGACUCAGGAGGCUCAAGUCCAAGUCCUGUCAUCUUCUUGGAUGAGGAGGGCUACCAGAAAAGUCUGAAAGCCAACCUGGAAAUACCCCAGAUCCCGAUACUUAAAGAUGACAUUGAGGACUCGGACUCUGAACUGAGUGAAUUCUUUGAUAGUUUUGACCGGUUUGACGAGUUGGAUGAAAUGUUAGGGUGCACGGCUGCUAACUUGCAGCAUGGCUCCAGCCCUCAAAAUCUACUGAGGAAUAACUGUGCGGCAAAGCUGCCUUCAGGCUUCACUCUGCAGCAGUGCACAACUGCCGCUGCUGCUGCUAUGAAUCCACAGAGGUUUGACCAGCCAGUCCUCCCUGCCAAUGUGAAGAAGCCGACCGCUCGCAAGGCAGAAUCGCCCUACAACAGCCUGUCUGAUGUCCCGGAUUCUCCUCGCCCAAUGAACACCUCGGGAGAAGAUAGCAGUCCACUCUUCAGCCCAGUCCAUUCUUCAGCAUUCAUCCCCCUAGCUGCUUGUGGGAAUUCGGAGGGUUUUGGCAGAACAGGGGCCUCCGACACUAACGUUUAUAAUGCAGUGAACCUUGGAGGGCUUUCCAGCACCUCCUCAAAUGAUGUCAGUGAUAAUUCACACUGCUUCAAGGGUUCUGUUUUCAAAUACCCGCAGAAUACUGGCAAUGAGCAGAGAGGAACAACUGGAUGCACUCAGGAUGUACACUGGUCAAGUGGAGUUUCACAUCUGGAGGAGCCGGCCUCCGCUGAAAACUCCAACUUGAAAGAACCUGCAGACUGUACUCUUCAACAGCAGAAAUGUUCGAACCUGCUGAAAGAUGGCAUUCAACGUAUCGCCUCGGAACUUGUUGAGAAAAGUCUUGGUGGUGCCUUUAAGGAUUUACGGAAGGGUGUUACUUCAUGCACAAGUACCCUGUGUCACCUUGCUGCGAGACUGACAUCCUCUGUGAUUCAAAUGGCUCUACAAGAGAUUGGGGCAAGGCAAGCCUUCGCACGGAGGCGGAUUGCCAUCAACAGUCUAGCAGAUUAUUUGGUUGGUGGCGCAAUUUCUGGAGCACUCCAAGAGCUAGAGUUUGUUAAGAAACAGAUCUUCAACAAUGCCAUUGCCCGGUUUGCCACUGACCUGGCUGAGGAGCUCGUUUUCGAGGGAAUCAUGGAGGUUUGUCAGUUCUCCCAUCCGCUGACACCUACGCCCGUCACAAGCUGGUCACUGGAUGACAAAGCAAAGGUUGUCAGCUGCUACGCGAGAGACUUGUCUGAGUCAGUCCUACAGGAAGCCUUUAUUGAACUGUCUCAAGUAGAUGUGACCUUUAUGACACAAGCAGCCAUUAGUAUUUCUCUAGACAAUGUAAAAGAUGUUGGAGGUGAAGAUAUAACCCAGGCACUAAAGAUUGUUAAUGGCACUGUUGAUGUUGAAGGGGAAACACUGCAUAGAGAUCCUGAAGCCUGCUGUACAAACCCUGUUGCAGACAAAGACCUUGAUGUCUUGCACUCACCAGAGGCAAACUUCAAGAUAACAAAAGCUUUACUCUGUGUUUCUGGCAUUCUGAGUUGCGUAUCUGUUCCCUGUGUUGUCAAGGCGCUUUCUUGUGAUUUUUCAGAUUCCUUUCCGAACUCUUUCUGUCAUCGUAUCUCACCCAAAGUGAAACCAGAACAAUCUCCAAAAACUAGCCUUGCUAGAUCAGACGCAAGAAGCAGAAAAGUGGAUAAAAUGUCACCUCUAAGCUGUUUACACACACCAGUAGAGUGUGCAAAUUGUGCCACCUGCAGUGGGUAUGUUUUCUGUGACACCAUGUAUUUAUCUGUGGAGGCUUCAGACCAUGAAACCUCAAUGAAAAGUGAAGGCUUGGGCACUAACGAGGCUUCUGCUACGAUAGAGAAGAAUUGUCAAACAACAGUGGCAACGCUUGAUUUUGUGGUCAAUAAUACUUUCGAUUUAGUGACUGCGCCCAAAGUUGAGUCCGAGACAGAGGGGUAUGCUUCUCAAUUAAGUAAAAUAGUACUCUUUGAACCUGUCACUGAAAGUCCACCAGUUUCCCAGAAGCACUUUGCUGCACAGUUGGCUGAAGCAAUUGUUAGGAAUUCAGUCGAUGAGGUGAAAACAAAAGCCAUAAUGCCUUGUAAGAAUGGUGUUUUGCAGGCUGGCACUGUUGAAAUUAGUCAAACCCCUACUGCAAGGUUCCAGGAGGUUCCAGAGGGGCAGAUGCUGGAUCAGUUUUCAGUCCUGAAAAUAAUUUCAGACAGACAGCAUCGAGAUGUGUGCUCUAAAUCACCAGAUCUGUUGCGAACGCCUCCCGUGUCACCAACUGAAUGUAUCCCUGGCAAACGUUUGACCAUCCCUCAGCAUUUUGCCCAGGAGCUGAAAGGCCACCUAGCAGAAGAGUUUCCUCCAUGCACUCCACCUCCUAGUCCGACUGUGGGUCUCAAGAAUUCAGGUGUUGACUGUAUAGAGGGUGUCCGUGGUCCUGAGCUCGCAGAUAGCUUAAAGUCAUUGACCAAACAUCUGCAGGGUCAAGCCUUGAUGCCAACUUUCCAGACUCUCUCAGCAGAUUUAAAUGAGCCAAACCAAGAGCUGAGUGUAGGGUUACUCGGAAAAUCGAGUGCAGGGCUUAAUAAAGACGACCUAUUUUCAGAGGAACAUCUUGACCAUGUUGAAGGAAGUAAGGCCCCUGAAACACCACCCCCAACACCGCAGCAAUCGUUCCAUGGAAAGAGUCUGAGGAGUUUCAGUAGGAAACUUAAAGGAGAGUUGGCUAAAGAGUUCAUGCCAGUGACCCCACCUUCCACCCCCCAUAACCAUUCUGCCCAGGGUUUGGCAGUGGUGACCCAGGAUACUGAGCAAAAGGCUGAGUUUGUGCUGAAGCUAAUGAGGUCACUGUCUGAAGAAGUUCUGGAUAAUGACGACGAAGAAAACUUUGACUUUGCCGAGAGGCACGGUGAGUCAAGGGAGCAGCCCAGUCUGAGUCUGAGGCGGGAAACAAAGAUUUUGGAGAAAGAGGAACUGAAGUUGGAUAUUAAGAGACAUGCCCUGCAUUAUGCCAAUCAGCUGGCAUCCAGCAUAGUGUCCAUGGCAUCUGAAAUUGCAGCAAUCUGUGUCGAAGAUGCUAAUAAGUGCGAUGCCAGUAAAAUGAGAAAUUUCAAGGUGCCCCCUAGCAACCUGUGGAGGUCAGCAGCCCAAAGUGAACUACACACUUGGGCCUCUGCUGCUGAAAUGAAAUUUCCAGAAGAAGUUGUGGGGUCUUUGUGGAACUACGCCGGCAAAGUUGCUGGAGAGGUCAUUCGGGAUGCUAAAAAAAUUCUCAGUUCAAAGAAGCACAAGGUGAGAAAAUUCAAGAAGGAUGUUGGCCAAGCAGAAAGCAGUGAAUCCAGCUAUGGAGAGCAAGAGCAGGUUGGAGUUGAAGGGUUAAAUACCUUGGCUGAUCAUUGGUCCCAGGAGCUUGUGGAUUCUGUGCUUCACUCACCUCAAGGUAGUGCACCUGGGAUCAUGUCGAAGCAUUCAAGCUGCGAAAGUGUGACUGAUGAGUAUGCAGAAUACAUCAUGAGAAUGAUCAGUAGGGAAGGUGGAAAUGGUGAGGUAAUAGUAGACCAUUAUGCCAGUAAACUUGCCUUCAGGACUGUGAAAGUAGGCCUGGAACAAGCAGCCAGGAGGAUCAGGCAAAAGUAUAAGAGGAGACUGCUGUCCUCCCAACAGUCAAGAGGUGACAAUGGGGCGAAGGAACUUUUAAAGUUUUUGACAAGGGAGGAUGCCCAAGAUGGAGACCUUUGCAGAAGAGGCUACGAUCAAAGACUGAACAGAAAGGACUCCAGAGAUUUGACGAGGUUUGCAGAAUCGGUUGCCCAAUCAAUCACUUAUGAAGUCACACAGAAACUGAAGACAGCGUCUGGCAUACAUGGCUUACCUAAGUCCCUUACAGAUUCUUGCCUGUACGAAAGGUCUCAACUGGAACAGAUGGCAGAGGGGCUUAUAAAGAAGACAUGGACCUGCUCAAUCAAACCCAUUAUCCAGAGGAGCAAACGCUAUCACAGUACAGGAAGUUUAAACGAUUACGGUUAUGGCCUCAAUUGCACAAAUCGAGCUCUUGAACAUUAUAUGGGGAAAAGUGUAGAUGGUGCAGUCCAGCUGAGUAUGACUGAGGCUGGUGUUGGCACUCUUGAAAGCAGGAAGCAGAAGGAGUGCUUAGCAUAUGCUGAAAAAUUGACAGAAAUGGUUUUAAAAUGCUGCCUAACUGAUAAAGAAUCACGAAGUUGCAUCAAGAGGCUUAACUCCCAGACUACUGCAUUCUGCAGCAAAAAUGCCACCGAAACGCCAUGGCACAACAGUAAUGCACCUAGCAAGCCAGAACACACUGUCCACCGCACAGUAGGAGCUUGCCAGCUAGGUGUGCCAAGGAUUCACAUUGAGUUGGAGCAGAGGGGCCUUUUUCCAGAGGAUUUGAUGUCUGUGGCCAUCGAGAAAGCCAAGCGAGAUCUCAGUAAUACCAGCCUGGCAGCAGAUAGUGGCAUCGGACAGGAUGGGGCAAGCUUCACUGAAAACCUUGCUGCAGAAAUAAUGACUUCCGCGAUGAUCAGUGCAAGCCAGUCGAUUGUAAGUGCCAGUCUCAAGGAUGGAUUGCGGUCAAGUGAUUCCACCACCAGUCAACAGCUUAGUCUCAGCGUAGGUGACGAUAGUACUGGCAGCUGGUCCAAUCUGAGUUUUGAAGAUGAACAUCCAGAUGAAACCAGCAGCUUCCUGCACCUCAGUGACAGUAAUGGCAACAGCAGUAGCUGGAGCAGUCUGGGGUUAGAAGGAGAUAUAUAUGAGGAGAAUAUAUCCUUUCCACCAUCAGACAGUGAUAAUUGUGAAGACAGAGAGGAAGAAGUGCAAGAAGAUUCUGAAGGUAUGAGGCAAGUGAAAGAACCGUUAUCCAUUUUAAAUGUUGACCUUGAACCCUGCAGUCAUGAUCCUCAGAUAAGAGCAGUGUUGCAGUGGAUAGCAGCCUCACAGUCUCCUGUGUCUUCAGUGUAUUUCAUGGAAUCUUUUGAAGAUGAACUAUUGCAUUUUCCUGCAGUGGUGAGAAGGGCAGAAGUGAGGGGCUGGAAGGUCUGUGAUCUUCUGCGAGUGCUACUGAGAUAUUGCGACGAUGAGGAGCAACACCCAACUGGAGGUCACCACGCUCGCACUCCCCUCUUUGAAUGGCUUCUGGAGAAUACAUAAACCAUUCACCCACAAAGAGUGCUUCAAGUCUGUAGAGAGUUGUCAGCUAUGCACCACCCAAGUAUUGCUAUGUGUGCGACAUACUGAGCAGGGAACUGAGCCUGAAGGUUUGUGUUAUUUAUGACAGAAAGCAUAAAAGGUAAUAAACUCUCUCGUAUUGUAAAGAUAGGAAGGACUUUGUUGUGAAGGCACGAUUUUUGAUCCAAAUUCAAUACAAAAACAGAGUGGAAAGUUUCUUGAAGCUGCUGCUGUGCAGUAUAAUUUUGUCCAAAGUAUAAUAAGAAUCACCAAGCCCAUUUCAACAGAAUAAAAGCUGCUCUGAGGAUAUUCCCACCUGUUUGGUCCUAGCUCAAGACUCAAACAUGAAGAAUUUGUGAUCCCUCUCAUAAGAAUUGAUUGAAGACUUCAGUUCCUCGUGGAACAAUUCUGCCUUUCAAAGUUGCUCUUGCCAUUUCUGAAAAAAUCCUGUUGUUUUGGUCCCUUUACAUAUCCAUUCCACUGAUGCCAAUCUGCACUUUACUAGUACUUAGUCCCAGAGGCCUUUUGACCAGUUGAUUAGAGGAUGAGAAAUUGACCACAAUUGAACUUGCCAGCCCUUUUCUCUCUAGGUGCUACUCCUAUGGUCAUGAUUCACUCAAAGCUGAAUCUGAGGCUGCAUUGGAGCCUAAUGGUCCUGUUCACAAUGAAAUAAAGCUUCACUAGCCCUUCACUUGUGGCUAAUAGUCUAUUUCGCUUUGACCAGGCUUCACUGGAACUUCUCUUCACAAGCAGAUGAUACUGUGAAAACCCCUUAAAAGUCUGGAAAUUCCAUUUCAAGACUCCUUCACAAGUUAGAGCUUUUAACAAGGGACACGUCAGUUUGUACUGGACUAAAUUUUAAUAUUCAAGUUUGACUGCAACACUGAAAGAGAAUGAAGAAUGGGCUGUGGUAUUGGAAAAUUGCCCAUAUCUGUGUACCUUGACCACAGAAUAUGCCACCAGGUUCAUAAAAGCAGGGAGAACAGUACAUUCUUAAAAGAUGGAUUCAUAGAGAGGACUUCAUCUUGCAAGUGGUUUAUGCCUGCACUUACUAUUAGUGGUAGAACCUGUUGCUCUUUAUAAGCAAGAUUAUGACCAGGAAGAAACUUGUUUUCUAAAUUUUGCAGUACAGCUUGUGGCAAGUGGAGAUAAAACCGCAUUUUGCCAGUAUCUACCUAAGUGUAGUCAAACCUGCUUAUUCACUCAUGCUGCAGUCACUGAUUCAAACCCACUGACUGUCCUGGUGAAUCGCAGGCAGGCUGUCUUUAUGCUAGACUUACAGAAUGGUCCUUGCUUUACUAGUCAGCUACGUGCAACCAUCCUGCAGAAUCAAGAGAGAUGUGCUCGGGGAGUGUGUGCAUUUCAAAUUUGCAAUGUUCCCAUCUUCCUAAAGUGGGCUGUUGUAGUGUUUCAGAUUUGAUAUUCUGUUCCCUCAGUUCUGGUUCAUUUGUACGGUCACUUAUUUAAGGAGUGUGCAAAUAACCAUUUCCCUCUUAAAACGUUUUACUGCAGGACAUUCAAAUAAUACAGCAUUUGGAGGUGACACACUGAACACAGGAGAGAAUUUCUAAGGUCUACCUGGCAAUGUCAGAAAGUCAACUAAUUUCCUGUCCGGCCUGUGCUGUGACUGACCUGAAUUUCACAUCACCCUGCUUGCAGUUUGAUGUGAAUCCCACCCUCCCACCACCUCCCAGGGUGAUGCCUUUACAUCUGUACUAUUUGUGCCCUCAAAGAAGAUAUCAAAAAUCGCAGGGGCAACAGAUCCUAACUCUGGAGUUUUAACUAUUAGGUCUGUCAGUGGAAGAAAUGGAUCUUUGAAAGAAAGCAUAUUUAUCACUAUCAUUCUAGUUGUUACAUAGGGCCCACAUUCCCACAGGCUGAUUCCUUGGAGGAACAAGAUGAUUUUGUACAAAACACCCAGGACAUGAGUUGAGAGCUGAAUUGAAAAUCCCACUCAUGGUGGUUGCUCUAUAGACUUUAUGUCUUUCAUACUAAGACCCUUUGAUGAGAUUCAGGGAAUGUUCAGCACAACACAGGGUAGCUCAACUUGUGAUGUGUCACUUGGUUCCAAAAGCAUUCCCUUUUCCUGGAAGUUUGCAAUGCAUUCCUGUGCUUCAGUCAGUACAGCAUACAUGAACCUACAUCCUUGACCACAUUGUCACGUGUUCCCACUGAUACUUCAGAUCCACCUCGCACAGCUUUAUGUUUCCAACAAGUUUAAUAUCUGGCUUUGAUACAGUGUUGUCACAACAGUUAUAUCUACAGCUGUUUUGACAUUGCCAUGUGCUAACAUUGUGAAUUGCACCAGUUCUCAAGCUUCCAUGAACUCACGAGAGGCUAUAUGGAUGGAGCCUUUUGAGCUUUAUCACACUACUGCUAACAGAAAAAAAUUCAUUGCAGAUUGCAUUUUAUCCGAGUACAGAAGUGAAAUUCACAUGAUAUUUCCCAAAAUUCAGCAACUUCAUUAUGCACUUUGGAAUUCCACAAUUCCUGUCUUUGACUUUCCAAUCUGAUAGUCAGAAAAAACAUGGAAUAGAAGGUUAGGAAUGUGUUUUCCCCAUUAAUGGAAUUCAACUUAGCACCUUUUUAAAAACAAAGUGAUAACAGCAGGGCUGAAUAACUAGGUGGAAAAUGUAUUUCUGGUAACUUUGUCACUUUAUUUUGUGUGUUUCUUUGUCUCUGCUCCAGUUGUAUUUAGUGAUGCCAUUAAAAUUGAACUUGAUUCUGAUUAGUACUUAUUUUGUUACUGUGCAGUGUCAAUUCAAUUGUAACUCACAUGCUGGGGUAAAUAUGAAGUGUGUGAUGUCUGCUGUUUGUAAUCCCUAAUUGUCUAUAUGAAUUAUGCCAAAUAUGGAGCAAUGAAGUUCAUUUAACUUAUAGUGA